UAAUUUUUCCUGACAUAUUUUAACAGAAAUAACAAAAUAAGAAAAAGCAAGGUACACUUGUAAGAUGAACCUUGGGAUCAUACCAUCUACAGCCAAAUCAAUUCUGGGGACAGUGUGAGCACUGAGGGCAGAUGUUGGGCCACUCUCGCCCCUGGCAGAUGUGGAUCUGGGGUUGGUCUCCUCAGGGGAUCCCACAGUGAGACCUUAGCAAAGAGCAGAGAGAAGAGCUUUUCUUGUGUCAUACGAUAUGUGACAAUGCAAGGAUGCGUUGGGGCACCUAUAUAUUGAUCUGCCUCAAACCAGCUUUAUACAAGAAUGGAAAAGCAACAUGUAUCCACCUCUUUAUUUUUUCCCCUGGUGUUUGUGGGAAGGAGGAAAAGAACCUUUUACCGUCUGAAUUUAUGACAUUCCUGCUCUCCCUGGGUAGAAAGGAAAGGGACAUCUUUUCUCUCUGACUGUGAGGGAAGCACUGACUAUUGGUGUGAGUGAUGGGCAAGAAGCUCUCUCAGGUUAGACCUUGUUCUCCCCAGAGACCUGCACCCCAGCCACUCCCUGCCCUAGGCUAGUGUUCUGGGGCCCCCUGGCCUGUCCCCUCCUAUGCUCCCCCCUUUCCAGUAGCUAUGAGCCCUGCCACUUUCUGUCUUUGGAAAGGCAGAGGUGAGGGAGCAGGCUCCCAGGAGGCCCAGAGGAGCAGAGGGUCUCCAUCAGGGUUAUCUCCUUGCAGGAGAUGAAGACAGGGUCUCCGCUGCAGGGGCUGCAGGCAGGAGCAGUCAUUCACUUCCCUCUGCAGCUGGGAGCACUUUUCCCCGUCAUUUAUCACCUGACGACUGUUUUUGUGUGUUUCCCUCUAGGCAGGGAGCCAGGAGGGUUAGUGCUUGGGACACCUCCUCCUGAUGCGCUGACAACGACGGCAGCAGUGUCCUCCCGCCGAGGGCGGUGGCCCCAGGCCUCGGGCACACGGCAUCCGUCCUCACUGCCCGCCCAACCCUCCCCUCGAGACCUACUUUUGCUGGGAGAGGCAAGGAGCCAGCAGAGCCAGCCCAGCUCCCAGGUCCUCCAGGAACCUUGUGGGACCUUGUGGAAGAGAAGAAAAAACCACCCUGAGUGUGUUGGCCCCACAGAAGAGGAGUUUUCAGCACGUGACCUGCGGCCGCACUGCCUGGCCUGUUUCCCAGCACUCAGUGAAAGCGGGAGAGAUGCGGCUGAGGAAGAAGCUGCCCACAGCAAGAGAUGGAGAGUACUGAAGAACCUCAUUGUGUCCAAGCAGAAGAGCUGGCAGAGGGUGAGACCAGCUGGUGGCUACUUUAGAGCCAGAGCAGAGGUGAUCCGUACACCAAGCAUUACCUACAACCUCUCUGCCCUCUCCUGUGGCAGUGGGAGGGGGGGCCCAAGUAGAGCCAAGGAUUUCUGAAGAACAGUUGAAAAGCACAAUUUCUGGUUGAUGAGAACUAUCUGCCAAUAGGAGUGCAAUACAUUGAUCGGAUUUAACCUAUAAAAUUAGAAAGAUCAAAAUGUCUUGCUUUGAUAUUUCUGAAGACAUGUUUAUUGACUUUUUUUGAAGCUGAUAUCACAAGAAAGUCCAGACAAGUAACACUGGGGAGAGAUGUUUGAAGGCCCUCUCUACCUCAACAGCAGUGAAGAUUUACCUGACAUGUGCUACACUUUAAGAUCGCGGCCAAACCACAGGCUGUGGGUCAGCUUGCAACAGGGCUCUCCUAAUCCUCCUGCUCAGGGUAUAAUGUGGUAUAAAUUAUUUAUUUAUGUUGUUUAUUGGACCAGAUAGAGCAGAUUAUCUACAAGGCCACACUGCCUGCCCCAGAGAGCUGGGAGCCAGGAGGUAGUGGUUGAGAGUGGUUGUGUUCACUCUGCUCAGGGCCAGCCCAUGUAAAGUAGGUUGGCCUUGGCUGCAUGACAUGGCACUUGACUACAGCUCAGCUUGUCCCUGCAUGUUGUGCCUAUGGACCCAAGAGAGACCUAGUAUUUUUGUAGGUUUUUUUUUGUUUUUUUUUUUCUUUCAUCUCAGCUCAAAAUGCGCAGGAUAAUGAAGACGACGCUGUAGCUCACUAGUGUUGGGUUUCCAUAGUGUAAAGCAGUCAGGGUGUGUUGCAUGCCCUAGACUGAGGCAUGAGAGUGUUCAGGAGAGCUGAAGGAUGGAAAGGCUGGAGGGACCAUGCUGGAGGAGGGAAGGGAGUAGCUGUACCCAGAGUAGUGCUUCUUGAGGGUUGGAGGAAACUGCUUGUCCAACUCUAGAGGAGAACAUGGGCAUGUGCUAACGGACACAAUGGGCACAAUCAAGGAUGAGGCCCCGUGAGUCAUCUGGAAAGUUGUUUCUGACAGUGUAGGUACAUCUGAUGGGCAUGUCUACAUCUCCAGCAAAGAGGGGAUGGACUCUAGCCCUGGGAUUCUGCUUAUUCUCCACUGGACUCUCUGCUAACUCUCAGGCUAGGAGUUGUAUCACUCCAAGUAGCUGUUUCCAAGACAAACUUUCUCUGCAGGGACAAGCUGUAGUUGCAGUGUCUGUGAGCCCAGCACUGCCACACUGCCCUGGCCUGCUUUUACUGUGCAGCGUAGGCACCAUCAGGCUAAGCCAGUCUCCUGCCUUGCUGCGCUCCAGCUCCAAUGUGGCCCCAGUGCUGCCUGGCACACCCAGUGUGAUGCUGCUUCUAGGAAACCUUUUUUCAAAUCUUUUUCUGUAUGAGAAACAGAAGGGUCUUG